AUACCUCUUCCCAUCAAUAUUUAGUCACUCAUUUUCUUAUCUUUUCUUUGCCUUCUAUAAACACUGGGCAAGUUUAAUUUCUUCUGCUACCAACUGAAAGAAAUAGGAGAGAGUGCAGUGUCAUGGAAGAGAUUGUGUCUUCUUCUUCUUCUUCUUUUCCCAUGCCCUUUUGUCUUGAAGCUUGUCCUACGCUUCAACAACGCCUUCAAUUCAUAGUUCAAAGCCGGCCUGAGUGGUGGGUUUAUUCCAUCUUCUGGCAACCUUCCAAAGAUGUUAACGGUCGCCUUGUUCUAUCUUGGGGUGAUGGUCAUUUCCGUGGCAGCAAGGAUUUCGCAACCAAAGGCGCUAACAAACAGGGACACGAACUCAAGUUCGGAUUCAAUUUGGAGAGAAAGAAGUUGAUUAGAGAAGUUCAAGUUCACUUCAAUGAAGACAUGGAGUUGGAUAGGAUGGUUGCUGGAGAUGUCACUGAUUAUGAAUGGUAUUACACGGUAUCUGUGACUCGAUCAUUUGGUAUAGGCGAUGGUGUUCUUGGAAGGGCAUUUGGGUCUGGUGAUUUUGUGUGGCUGACUGGCGAUCAUGAACUACAACUGUAUGAAUGUGAAAGGGUUAAAGAAGCUCGCAUGCAUGGGAUUCAGACUUUAGUCUGUAUUUCAACUUCAUGUGGUGUUGUUGAAUUGGGGUCUUCAGAUAUGAUCAAAGAAGAUUGGAGCAUAGUGCAACUUGCCAAAUCCCUUUUUGGACCUGACAUUGCUAAUCUUCUCUCAAAGCAGGCAAACCCUGAUGGCCAGGUUCCAAUUCCUAACCGUAGUGUUCCUCUUCUAGAUAUCGGAAUGUUUUCAGGUACAACUACACAAAAAGAGUGGAGCACUCUUGAUGAGAAGCAUCGUGCAACAGGCGACAUGAAGAAAGAGUUAGCUGGUUUAGGGCGAUCAUCUUCUGAUUCGGGUCCUUCUGAUUCAGAUGGAAAUUUCAUAUCUGCAAAUACUGAAAGUGCUAGGAUGAUCAAGAAAAGAGGAAGAAAGCCGGCAAGUGAAAGAGAGACUCCAUUAAACCAUGUGGAAGCAGAGAGGCAGCGGCGUGAGAGACUUAAUCAUAGAUUUUAUUCACUUCGGUCUGUGGUUCCAAAUGUUUCAAAAAUGGACAAAGCAUCUCUACUUGCUGAUGCUGUCGCAUAUAUCAAGGAGCUCAAGGCCAAAAUUGAUGAAUUAGAACUUAAACUUCAGGAACAGGCAAGAAAAACAAAAGCUUAUGCGAUGAAUAUUUUUGACAAUCAAAGUACAACAUCUACAAUUGAUCAUCAUAUGCGACCAGCGUCAAGUCAUUGUGUAACUACAAUGGAUGUUGAUGUGAAGAUUGUAGGAUCAGAAGCCAUGAUUCGCGUUCAGUGCCCAGACAUUAAUUAUCCAGCUGCAAAAUUAAUGGAUGUACUUAGAGAUCUUGAGUUUCAAGUUCACCAUGCCAGUGUAUCAAGUGUGAGAGAAAUGAUGCUUCAAGAUGUUGUAGUCAGAAUCCCUGAAGGGUUCAUUAGUGAGGAGUUCAUUAGAACUGCUAUAUUCCAAAGAAUGCAAAACUAGACAGCUAGGUUAGAAUCUCUACCGAGAUUAUCUAGCUAAGACCUCCAUAACAUCUUUUUAUUUUUAGUUUGUUUUUAAUAAUUUCACCUUUAGAUGAUCUUCUCCUUAAUUUUCUCUUGUUUUCAAUGUAAUUUUGAUAGCCUUGCUCUUGACUUAUAACAAUGAUUUGUGUAA